ACUAUUGCGGGCUUGGUGCAGCAUCAAAUCAUGAUAACUCAGCAGAUCGGGUUCGUCAUCGCGCAGCACCAUUCGACUUCGCCUGUUCCUAAAACCAUACCGAUGUUUCUCCGGACGGUAGCAACUCGAUUGUACCCUGACAUCUUCGAGAAAGUGAGAAAAGACAGUCACCAUUUACCAUGUCGUCAUCUUAUGCACUUAGCACGCGAGGGGCAUGGCUUCAAACUGCUUCCAGCUAUUUGA